AUAACGAAAAGUACUAAAAUGGAUUUAAAGGGUAAAAAUAUUAUUUACAUUGGUGGUUUUGGUGGUAUAGGGCAAAAAUGCUUGGAAGCAUUUUUAAAAAAGCAAGUCAAGCAUUUGGUGAUCUGUGAUCUUCACAUAAAUACGGACGUUUUAAAAACCCUCGAAAGCAGCUAUACAGAUUCAUGUCUAACGUAUAUUCCCAUCGAUAUAACAAAGCGUCAAAGUAUUGUGGAGGCUUUCAAAUUAGCCGCCACAAAACUAGACUCUACUAUAGAUGUUGUUGUUAAUGGUUGCGGUUUAAUGGAUGAUCGUUAUAUCGAUCUUACCAUUGAUAUUAAUUUGACUGGUGUCAUACAUAGCACUCUUAUUGCAUUGGAUUACAUGGACAAAUCGAAAGGUGGUCGGGGUGGUUUGAUAGUGAAUAUAUCAUCAGUGGCUGGCUUGGAACCAAGUGGCAUGUUUGCCAUAUAUUCAGCGGCUAAAUGUGGUUUGACAGCAUUUACCAGAGCUUUAGCUAAUCCUUUGUACUUUGCCCAUACUGGCGUUAGUUUGGUUACCAUGUGUCCCGGCUUUACCGAUACUGCAUUAUUAUCUUCGAUACGUGGCAAGGAAACUUUAACCGAUUAUGCUGGACCUAUGGCCCAACGUUUUGCCUUUGUCAAGAAACAAAGUGCCGAAGUAUGUGCGGUAAAUAUGAUUGAUAUUUUGACCAAGGCCAAAAAUGGCUCGGUAUGGAUGUUGGAUUUGGGUAAAGUUAAAGAAAUGGAGUUCACGGUUUUAUGGAAACCAGCCAUGAAUGAAUGA